GGAGAAUGAGGCUUACGGGACAACUAAUCGAUUGUGCCAAAUCUGAAAAAAUGCUAUUCAGGGGAUGCCGGGAGAAAACUUGUUCUUGAUCUGAUUCUUGUUCUGGUUCCUGUGCUUCUUUUAAGCUUUCUCGAUCCAUUAAAAGCAGGAAACAGCGAAAAGGAAACUACAGGCAGCGUUACAACAGGCACCGACGCCAAAGAUGGAUUACAUUACUAUCCCCGAUGACACUGCUUCCAAAUCGCUCAAGAAGACGUUAUGGAGAUUGAAGACAGACGUCGUCAACAACCACAGGAACAUGCGCAAGAAGCUGUCGUUUGCAACCUUUGCGUUCUUCUUCCUUUGGUAUUUCAUUGCUCCGAUGUUCACAACUAGCUCACGCCAUACCCACACAAACAAUGGUACGAAGUUGUUUUCUUCAGACACAGCCAACUUCAACAUGAAAACACACUUUGACCCGCUAACCUAUAUAUACAACAGACUUCCUGCCAAUGCGCCGCUACGUGCGCAAUUGGCGUUCCAGUUCCCUUACGACGAACAUAGCUCGAUUCCAAACCAUAUUUUCCAGACGUGGAAGGUUGCUGCUGACGACAGCCAGUUCCCAAAACACUUCACGAGACCAUACCAGUCAUGGUCAAGCAAGAACGAGAACUUCACGCACACGAUCAUUACAGAUGAUAUGAUCGACGAAUGGAUUUUUCAAGAAUUCGCAAACGUCCCGGCGGUCAUUGAGGCCUGGAAACUCAUGCCUAGAUUUAUUUUAAAGGCCGACUUUUUCAGAUAUCUCGUCAUCUUUGCUCGUGGAGGAGUUUACUCCGAUAUGGACACAUUAUGUUUGAAACCAAUUAACGAGUGGGCGAUAUUCAACCCGAAGUAUCUUCCUUCCAACAGCAGGCUGAACGCCAUAGGGUGCGCUAUUGGCAUAGAAGCAGACCCGGAUAGACCAGAUUGGGCUGAGUGGUAUGCUCGUCGGAUUCAAUUUGUCCAAUGGACCGUCGUUGGAAAGCGUGGCCACCCAUUUUUACGUGAGUUGAUUGCCAGAGUUGUUGAGGAAACUUUGAGAAAACAGAAGCAAGGAAUGCUAAAACGCGUUGAAGGUAAGGACACAGGCGGUGAUGUCAUGCAAUGGACAGGUCCUGGUAUGUUCACAGACACCUUUUUUGACUACAUUAACAACAUUCAUACAGACGGGAGUUAUGGUGAUGGGUUUGGUAUCGGCACUAAAUACUGGACCGAUGGCAAGAAAUACUCCUUGAAACAGCAGGAGUUGAAUAGUGAAGGCCUGCCUUUACACUCAACCGACAUGGAGAUCAAUUGGUUGAACUUCACAGGUUUAGAAAAGCCUACAGUUUAUGACGACAUCAUGAUUUUACCAAUAACCAGUUUUAGUCCAGGUGUUGGACAGAUGGGAAGUAAGAGUCCUAAACAUGAGCUUGCCUUUGUCUUGCAUAUGUUUGAAGGAAGUUGGAAAUCAUAAAUAUUCUUUCUACUUCUAGGCUUUUGGGUCCAUGCUUACGUUGCUACCUCCAAUGUUCUCAACCAUCGUUAUCAACAAAGAAGAAUAAUCGAUUAUACCCUUAGAGCUCAUAAAGCACCCAUUUCGGAAGAACCC